GCAAGACUAGAAUCGCUGGUCUUGGAGAUAACGAAAAUUUCAAGGUAGCACGAUGUAUUGCAUUUUCAAAUAACAUCGCAUCACGUGUUAAUACUUCCGCUGCUUCCCAUCACAGCACAAUGUUCACCGGGUGACUCAUAUUGAACCACCUCCCUAUUAUAAACUGCUCGACAACCGAUGUAUUUCAUUGUAUUCCUAUUUAUAAAGUCGUGCGAUUUCUUAUCCAGUUCUCCAAAGAUUAUCAAAUCUGUUAAAGAUGCCUACACCAGGCCCAUCCACUACCCACCUGGAAUCGGUUUCCACAUACCUCCUUUAUAACCGUUGGGCCGCAACAUACGACACAGAUCACAAUCCCUUACAAAUUCUUGACUCUGCCCUCAUACCCUCUCUAUUGAAGACGCUGUUUUUUAUUCCAUCCGAGGCUCAAGACAACAUCACAAUCACCGAAUUAGGAUGUGGCACCGCCAGAAAUACUAUCCGGUUUCUCGCACCACCGUUUUCCAAAAAGAUCUCCAAAAUUCACGCUCUUGAUCUCUCACCUGCAAUGCUUGAGAUUGCUCGGUCCCGUUGCAGCUUCUACGUCCCGGAGAACGAUAGCCAUAUCCCCACCAUCCAAUUCGACGAGUUCAAUGCCCUUAAUCCUCAAAUCAAUCCCGAAAUUUCGAAAUCAAUCCAAGGUCAAGCGAACGUUGUGAUUAGUACUCUCGUCCUUGAACAUCUUCCCCUUGAUGCAUUUUUCUCAACUGUGGCCUUCCUACUGAAACCAGAUUCGGGUGUGAACAACGGGAGGGUAUUAAUCACCAAUAUGCACGCCGAGAUGGGUAGAUUGUCUCAGGCUGGAUUCAGAGACGAAAUUGAAGGAAAGAAGACGAAAGUUAGAGGCGAAAGUUAUGUCUAUGAGAUCGAAGAAGUGGUAGAGGAGGGGAAGAAAUGGGGUUUCCAUGUUGUGGGGGAAGUAUUGGAAAGGGCAGUAGAGGAAAACGAUAUCGAGGUCGGUAGUGGAUUGAAACUAGGAAGUAGAGGGGUAAAAUGGAUAGGAAAGAAGAUGUGGUUCGGAAUGGUGAUGCAGAGAAAACACCAGCAAGAGAAUGCAGGACCGGAAAACAAAGUGUUACUCACAUAGCAAAUGGUCUAGACUGUCGAGAAUUCUCAUUUUUGUUUCA